UGGAAAUAGUGUCGCAGUGGCUCUUGAAGCGGCUAGCAGUAGUGAGUUGGUCGGGAAAAGUCACAGGUGUAGUCGCAUCUAGCACCCUCAUUGGGCCCGUUUGCUGCAGCACAGACAUCGUUCGCGCGCUGCAAGAGCGAUUGCAGAGCUUCCAGCAUUUUAUAUCUACCACUCGGCCCCUCCUCGCCUCUGCCAUUUCUCCGCAUCCAAGAUGAGUGGUCCUGGUGAGAAUCGCUGGCGACGGCAGGGUCAAGCCAACCGUAACUCAGGCGCAAGCACCCCCACCAAGGACGCUGGUGGCCGGCCGCAGUCCAUGGCCGCCGCACCUGCGGGCAAUGUCUGGGGAACCAAGCAGGCAAAAGCCUCGGGUCCUACUGCGCCAGCUGCACAAGCUCAGGCCCAGCCCGAGCACCAUGUGCCUGUAAAGGACUUCAAUGCCAACGAGGUCAAGGAAUUCCUCAAGAAGAAAUACCUCGAGAGUACCGCCAACCAACCAGCGGUAUAUCACAAGGUCCCGGGUGACUCGGUGUCGAACAGGAGCAGCGGAGCAUGGGGCAAAGGCGGCACCAUGCCGCAUCUCAUGACAACGGGACAGGACUUCUUCACGCAGCUCAAGAAGCAGCUGGCGACGCUGGACCAGACCAAAGCAGCGCAGUAGUUGCAAACAAGCGAUGAUUGUUUCAGCGGCAUUCGGGUAGGCAUUGCAGGCGUUCUUGGGCACGGUUUUCUGGGUGACUACAUGGCAGCACCUUGCAGGAGCAUGGUAUGGCUUUGAAAGGGGGAAAAGGCGUUUUGGAGCCUGCGAAGGUGUAUGUUUUCCAGGCUAGCAUCGUGGUAGGCGAUGGCCAUGUGGUUGACGACAGGGUCAUGGGAUUUGUGUGUAUGUAUGCUGUAGGGAUGCACGCAGGGACCGGGCUGGGAUAGAGGAGGGGACGUGGGCAUCUUUCAAUACGAGCCUCGAGCCGGCAGCUGCAUCCAUUGUUUUGACACCCACAUUUGCAGAAUUAGAUGGUCAAGUGAGGUGUAUAGUCCUGUGUCGAUGUGUGCUGGCUGUGGGCGUGGUUUGCAUAUGACAAGGAUACCCA